AUGUCUCCACAAUUCCGCCCAUACGAUAUCUAUGGUCGAAUAUCGAAAAAAAUCGGGAGAGCUUUUCAACCUCAACGGCCGGACGACUCGAGGACCGGACGACAUCGGUUCACCACCCUCGUCAGUACCGAUUCAAUUGCACGCGUCACGACUUCAUACGUGCAUCCACAUACACACACCAUGCCGAUUGCACGGAUUGCACGGCUGCUGGCGCCGGCCUCUGUGCGCGCCGCGGCGGCUGCCUCCACCUCCUCUGCAACCACAUCGACACGCUCGGUCUCGUCCCUGACGACGGCCAUGUCGGCACUCCGCGUGCAAGCCAGCGCACCCAAAGUGCAGCAGCAGCAGCGCGUGUUCUCGCUCGUCGCCGGCUCGGCCACGCGGCCGACCACUGCUGCCACCUCCGCAUCCACCUGCCAACACAAGCACACCCCCGGCAACACCCACACCCACACGCACGUCGUCGGCCACGGCCGCCGGCAACAGGUGCGCGGCAUGAAGGUGCACAGCUCGGUGAAGAAGCGGUGCGAGCACUGCAAGGUGGUGCGGCGCAAGGGCGGCAAGCGGCAUAAUGGUUACAUGUACAUUGUCUGCUCGGCAAACCCGCGGCACAAGCAGAGACAAGGUUGA